UGCCGACUUGCCGGGUCUGGCCGCCGGUGUGGACCCGGCUCGGGCCGGCGCUGAGGAGAACGCACACACUUCGCCAUCCCCGCCCCUCCUUCAGCGACGAGGGGGCGGUCCUGCUUCCCCGCAGCGGCUCUCGGCGCCUUGGCUUGCCCCGGGGAGCUACCAUGGACAGGACCGCCGUGGCGAAGAUGGGAGCGGUGGCCAGCGCCAGCGUGUGCGCCCUGGUCGCCGGGGUGGUGCUGGCCCAGUACAUCUUCACCAUGAAGAAGAAGACGGGUCGGAAGACCAAGAUCAUCGAGAUGAUGCCAGAAUUUCAGAAGAAAACUGUCCAUAUUAAGGACCCAGAAAAAGUAGAGGAAAUUAUUUGUGGCCUCAUCAAAGGUGGAGCUGCCAAGCUUCAGAUUAUAACAGAUUUUGAUAUGACAUUAAGUAGAUUUUCCUACAAUGGAAAAAGAUGUCCAACUUGUCAUAACAUCAUUGAUAACUCUAAGCUCAUCACGGAGGAAUGUCGGAAAAAGUUAUUGCAGCUGAAAGAAACCUAUUAUGCUAUUGAAAUUGAUCCAGCUCUCACUAUUGAAGAAAAAUAUCCAUAUAUGGUAGAAUGGUACAAUAAAUCUCACGCACUACUCAUUGAACAAGGCUUACAAAAAGAUAAGUUUGCAGAAAUUGUGAGGGAAUCUGAUGUUAUGCUGAAAGAAGGAUAUGAGAACUUCUUUGAUAAACUCAGUGAACAUAAUAUUCCUGUGUUCAUAUUUUCUGCUGGGAUUGGGGACAUUCUUGAGGAAGUCAUCCACCAGGCUGGGGUCUACCAUUCUAAUGUCAAAGUGGUUUCCAAUUUCAUGGAUUUUGAUGAACAUGGAAUAUUAAAAGGAUUUAAAGGAGAAUUGAUUCAUGUUUACAACAAACAUGAUGGUGCCUUGAAGAAUACAGAGUACUUCAAACAACUAAAAGACAACAGUAAUAUCAUACUGCUGGGUGAUUCUCAAGGAGACUUGAGUAUGGCAGAUGGAGUAGCAAAUGUUGAACACAUUCUUAAGAUCGGCUAUCUCAAUGAUAAAGUAGAUGAGCUUUUGGAAAAAUACAUGGACUCUUAUGAUAUUGUCUUGGUGAAAGAUGAAUCCCUGGAAGUUGCCAACUCCAUCCUACAGAAAAUCCUGUAAAUUGCAGUCUCAAGUCACUCCAUUCCUUCCAGGAGGCAACUGGACAGAAGAUCACACAUGUGCUGUCUUAUAUGUGUUUAUUACUCAUUUACAGAACUGUUUAAUUUAAUUUAAAACUUUUAUCUUCAUUUUGGUAUUUUGAAAUAUAUAUAUAUGGAAUCCAUUGUCAACUAGAAGCUCCUUUUACAGCUCUUAUGCUGUUCUUUAUUGUCUCACACUCCUGUUAUAACUAUAUUUAAAUUGGAUUUAUAGAUGUGAUAAACUGCUGCUGAUGGGAUACUAUGGUUCACUGUCUUUUAAUCAGCCAUUUCAGAGGAGCAUUUUAGAAAAUGUGGCUAUUUUGUAAAAUUGAAGAUGUAAACAUUCUGUGAAUAAGCAGCAUGCACAUUUGUGUUGCCUUUUCUUUCAAAGAAGAUACUUCGGUCUCAGCUGUACUUUGAAGGAUCUUACUUAUAUGCUACAGACUGCCACAGUAUUUUUUUCAUACAUAUAUUUUUCCUCAGUAAAAAUGCUUUAUUCACCCAA